AUGUCCGGUGCCCAUAGACCUUCGCGGACCCCAGAGGUGAGAGAGCCGUCCACACCGUGCGCUCAGGACGCGUGUGGGAGCAGAGGCCCCGCGGCAGCAAGCGGGCGCAGUGGGAUUAUGAAGCCCUCUCACCCCACUCGUCGCUCCUCCAGUGGAUAUUUCUCCAAUGAAAGCGACUCUGUGCCCUCCUCUCCUCAGCAGCGGACACUCACGGCUGACGCGCUCUCGCAGACUGUCAGUCCGAGCGCACAGACCAUCGAGCACGCGCUGAGCCGUCUCCAAGCGCUCGAGCCCAGUGACCGCGCGCGUCCGCGACAGCCUGGAAUAAGUGGCAGUAGCUCACGACCAGCGGACUCCGCGAGGGACAUGCAGGCGGUGCAGAUUGGACAAGCGAUCAGGAAACACGGAGACGAGUUCAACCAAAAGUUCGCACAGAGGGCGCAGGCGCGGGCUGCGGCGCAGCCUCCACCGUGGUGGCCCGAGGGCCCCCAGGAGCCCGUGGUCGUCAUCUGUGUGGGGCUCCUGAUAUUCCUCUUUGGACGACUACUGCUCUCCCGGCCCACCUCAUACAGGGACCCUCAGGUUUAG